GCGACCUCUGCGGCCGACAUGGAGCAGCGUCUGGACUGCGGUCUGGUGAAAGGACACGCUUACGCUGUGACUGACGUCCGCCGGGUCCGACUGGGUCACGGGCUGCUCGCCUUCUUCAGGUCCGACAAACUCACCAUGAUCCGCAUGAGGAACCCCUGGGGCCAGAGGGAGUGGACCGGGCCCUGGAGUGACAGCUCUGAGGAGUGGAAGAAGGUCAGUACGAGUGAGCGGGAGAAGAUGGGCGUCACAGUGGAGGACGAUGGAGAGUUCUGGAUGACGUUUGAUGACUUUAUCGCCAACUUCACUGACCUCAUCCUGUGUCGCCUCAUCAACACGUCCUACCUGAGCCUCCACAAGACCUGGGAGGAGGCCGUGAUGCAAGGAACCUGGCGUCGCCACGACGACCCGCUGCUGAACCGGGCCGGCGGCUGCAGCAACAACAAGCAGACCUUCCUGCAGAACCCACAGUUUGUGUUUGACGUGAAAAAAACGGAGGACGAGGUUCUGAUCUGUCUGCAGCAGAAGGACCGAAGAGCAUCGCUGAAGGACGGACGAGGAGAAAACCUGCCGAUCGGCUUCGACAUCCACAGAGUGGAGCUGAACAGGAAGUACCGCAUGCAUGCUCCCCAGCAGAAGGUUGGCGGCAGCAUCUACAUCAACUCCAGGUCGGUGUUUCUUCGGACCGACCUGCCAGAAGGUCGAUACGUCGUCAUCACCACCACCUUCGAACCGGGUCUGGAGGGAGAAUUCCUGCUGCGCAUCUUCACCGACGUACCAUCGGACUGCAGGUAAGAACCCACUGGUCCACCAUCUGGUCCA